AGUUUUCUAGGAGAAGCAGUGAGGAAACAGAUCUAUAAAGGUUGAAGACAGCAGUAAUGCUAACUCUGGCAAGCAAGUUGAAGCGGGAUGAUGGUGUCAGAGGACCCCGUGCAUCCAAUCCAGCUUCAGAUUCAACUCGGAGGGUGUCUGUUCGAGAUAAAUUACUUGUUAAAGGUGAAAGGAACUUAUAUUUCAAUAUUUUGGGACUUACAGUUUGCAGAGGUUGCAGAACUUGAAGCUAAUUUACCUUGUACGUGUAAAGUGAAUUUUCCCGACCCAAACAAGCUCCAUUACUUUCAGCUAACUGUAAUCCCAGAUGAGGGCUAUUACCAAGGUGGAAAGUUUCAGUUUGAAACUGAAGUUCCUGAUGCCUACAAUAUGGUGCCUCCAAAGGUAAAAUGCUUGACAAGAAUAUGGCAUCCGAACAUUACAGAGACGGGAGAAAUCUGCCUAAGUUUAUUGAGAGAACAUUCAAUUGAUGGCACUGGCUGGGCUCCAACUAGAACAUUAAAGGAUGUUGUCUGGGGGUUAAACUCUUUAUUCACUGAUCUUUUGAAUUUUGACGAUCCUUUGAAUAUUGAGGCUGCAGAGCAUCAUUUGCGUGACAAGGAGGACUUUCGGAAUAAAGUUGAAGAUUACAUUAAGCGCUAUGCGAGAUGAUGAAGGGAGAUGGAUGGCAGGACCAUGGCUUCCACACGAGAGUUGUCCUUAACUUCAACAACAACAACAACAAAACCAGCCCGGAUUGUACUAGUCCUGUGUCCUUGUUGUACUGAAGAAGAAAACUAACUUCAUAACUUGUCCAUGUUAAAAGGAGAGUUCAGCAUAAAUACAGCAAGAAAUUGUGUAUGUUGGUGGAAAAAGUUGUUUGCUUACUUUUAAAAAUGUUUACUCUUCUGAACUGUACUGUAUAUCCUGUUGAUGAGAUACGCUUGAGAAGUUAAAAGAAAUCACUAUAGAAAUUGUAAUUACACUUUUUUUUUAACUCUUGCCUAGUUUUGAGGGGGGAAGGCAAAAAAACCAAACAGUAAAGGUGGUGUGUUUUUGGAACACUUCAAGUUGGCAAUAAAAUGGUCUCCUGUGAACCAAAUCACAAUACUGUUGCCUUUGAGCGGAAACAAUACAAGCUUUUUUCCAAGAGUCAUUCAGCUAAGGCUUAGAGCUUGCCAGAAUGCAAGUGCUGAAUGAAAUUCUACUUCUGAUAUUGAAAUGCUUGAUGAUGCUUAAUGUAAGUAGGAUUUUGUCACACGUUUGGAACUUUACAUUGUUAUUUUCAGCUCCUGUUUGGGCUACGGUAUUUUUUGUUUCUAUUCAUUGUGUGAAGUAGCUAAAAGAAAUAUAGGCUAAUCUGUAACUUAAGUAAAUGUGUAGUAUUAGUAAAAUUAUAUAUAUAUUAUAUAUAUUAUAUAUUCCUGUGAAAAUUUAAUGAAAGGGAGAUUUUUUUAAGAAAUCUGCCUUUGGCUUUCCGCUCUGGAUGUGGUGAGGGAGCAUCAGAUGCUGUUCGAUCUGAUGAAAGUAAAUUCAAGCACCAUUACCUGGAGAACACCUAAUUGUGUUCUUCAAACUUCUGCACUGAAAGUGAAUGACUAAUAAUGCAGCCAAGAAUAAUAACGCACUGCACCCUCUUUUAAACACUUGUGCACACCUGGCUUUUUUGGUAAUUUGAAAGGAUAUGAUGCUGUAAUUGCCUUUUCUGUAAGUAGCUGUGUAUCAAACACCUAGUAUGUGCAAGCAGAGAUCCUUCAGAAGAGAGUAGCAUGUACCUCAGGAAUCACUUCAGAGUAAAUGCUGUGAGAAGUUUGCUGCCUGUCGCGUGCCAGAGCUCCCCGCUGCUCCCCCCUGGCCCAGGCUGUGCCCGGGGCUGCUGGGCAGGGGCGUGCUGGUGUAGUCUCAGAGACCGAAAUGCAUUUCGCUCGUGGGAUCACGCGGAGGGAGGUGCAAUGGAACCGAUUCAAGCUUUUAUAAAUAGAUAAACCAUAGAAAUAAACGUUUGUGUGGUUUCAUACGGAGCAAGUGUGUGUGUGUGAUGGUUGGGCUUUGACUGCUGUGGGGUUUUUUUAUCCCCCCCAAAUGAUUAUGCUUCAUUCUUUUUCCCUGCAGGCACUGAAGGAAACCAAAAUUAUCUCCAUCGUUAGUGUGGCAGAGCUGGGUUGCAAAUUUUAAGCAUGGUGCAGCCUUGCUUGUUAAGUUUUCCCUGUGCCUUUUCUCUGACGGCUCCUGUUUGUGUUACUGGAGGUCUGAGAAAGCAGGGAAAUGCAAUGCAGGGAUUGGCAUGCAGGAGGAGAGCCUUGUCAUGAGCUUCAUCUUUGCAUAAUACUGCCACCGUGUCUACUUAAAAUGAAACACAGAUCAGCAUAUUAUUUUAAGCAGGCAACUGCGGUGAGAGAUCUUUGCUGCCAAAAUAGUAAUGUCAGGGAAGGUAAGGAAUAAGGCACUUGCAAAAAUAGAAAGGUUGGAAAAUCUGUCCAGUUUUUGUGUAUUGAAAGAUUCUGUUAUUAAACCACUGAACCAGUUUGCUUUAAUGAAGCUCAGCACUCCUUGCUAUAGCGGCACCCUGGUACCCUUAUCACCUUCCACCCUUCAGCAACAGAGGUAAAAGUCCCUGUUCCUUGGGCUGUCACCCACGCCUGGCUCCCUGCUAUUCCUGGGAAGCCACUGCAGCUGCACCCCGGGUGGAGCAGAGGCAGGGUCCUGCCAAAGAGAGCCAGGAGCAGGCAGCAGGUUUGGGGGAGCAGCAGCCUCUGUGAGCACAGCCCUAGAAAUGGAGUCAUCAAGGCCAGUCCCCACC